CCUCGCUCACCGCAGUGGCGCGCGGCUGACCGCCUCGAGGCCGACGGGAUGACCUGUGUUUGUGAUUCUCGAAGCUUGGCUAAGAGCCAGGUUCCGCAUGAGGAGGCGCCAAGGCAUGCUUUGGAGAGGGGCCAUAGGGUGUUGAGUCGGAGACGUGGCAGAUCGCUUCAGGUUGCUCAGAUUGAACGCUUCUUGUGAAGAUGGAAUGAAGAAAAACAUUAAAUUCUCUUCAUAACUUGAGCAGUCUUUUCUCUUGGAAUUUAACGACAGAUGCUGCUAUGGCAAAAAUUGGUGGGAAACUUCUGAGGGCAACGAAAACUUUGAGGCGCCGGGUUACAGCAGCAGAGGCGCAUACCCAUUCCCUCACACCAGCUGCCCUGACAGGACGUCGCUCAGCGGAGCGGACGCCGAGUGUCGGUCCGUCUGCAGGAGUGACGAAGACUGCCUCGCACUACAGUACUGCUGCGUUAGUACUUGCGACCGUAGGUGUGUCACGCCACGGGUGCUAGAUACAGGAGACGACUGUGGUUGCUCAGUGUCAUUUCUACCGAUGGAAUGGCCAUAUGGUCCCUCUUAUGAUUCUGAGGAAGUAAACGCAAGAGUUGUCAACUUUAUAUGGCUAUCUGUGAAAGACAAUUUCUCUCCGUCAAUGGAAGUCCACCUGCUUGAUACCAGCUUCAGAACCACCGGAAUAGGACAAGUCGACGAUCUCUGUCAGCUGGAAAAUAUUUUGCAGUUCGAAUUCAGUAGAAAAGAUUUUGAUUUGUUCAAAAAGCCUCACAGAAAGUUACUUGUGAUCGGCGAUAAUGCUGACUUCUUCACAAGAGUUACCGAAGCGGGCGCAUUGGGCGAGGUAUUCGAGUCGGUGUGCGCGGUGGCGGUUGGGAACGUGACGCUCAGCGACAGCCUGCUCAGCCAGUUCGCAUCCAGCGCCAGUCCAGGAGAACCUUGUGUAUGGCGGGUGGACUCUUACGAGCAACUGGGCGAUCUUCAGCCAGAAGUGCAGGCCGUAAUCGACGAUGGAAACUGCCUUUGUCCUGGCGAAACAAAAGGUCAAGGCACAUGCGCAGGGCCCGGCGAGAGCUGCGUGCUCGACGAGGACUGCGGUCUGAUGGGCGACUGCGUCGGCGGCGUCUGCAGGGCGCGACCUUGUCACGUCCCAGACUCCUACGACCCAAGCAGCGACAUUAAUUACGAUUAUUAUGUAGAAGAUUAUUACUAUUAUUAUGGAGACUACGAUGAUUACUUUUUUGAGUCUGGCACUGAGUAUUUCUUUGACUACGAUUAUCAUUAUAGCGACAGUGGUUCAAGUAGAACGGGACGAUGGAAGGAACCGCUGAAUAAAUUUUCUCAAGAGGAAGAGUCAAAGGCUGAUGUCAAAGAAGUUUUUGGACUUUAUCGAGGCUGUUGUGAAAACGGAAGGAUGAUGUGCAGCGGAGUCCCAGCGGUGUGUGUUUCCCCGGAUUCUGUUUGCGACGGAACUGUUGACUGCAUCAACGGGGACGAUGAGACACCGGAGGCCUGCGAGAAGCGUGUGUGUGGCGAGGGAAGGUUCCAGUGCUCCAGCGGAGCAUGUGUGUCGAGGCGGAAGGUGUGUGACGGCGAGGUCGACUGUCCUGACGGAUCCGACGAAUUCUGUCGCAACUUCACCGACUGCCCCGCACCUCGGUCGCACUACUGCUCGUCCGGGGAGUGCAUCGGCCUUCGCCAGAUUUGCAACGGAGAUCUAGACUGUCUGAGUGGAGAGGAUGAGCUUUCUUGUCAGUGCUUAAACUUUAAAUGUUUGUCAGGAGAAUGUAUAAGUACAUAUAUUGAGUGUGAUGGAAGGCAAGACUGCAAAGACGGUUCAGACGAGCACUGUGUUCCGCCCAACGGAGAUCCAUGCCCACCGUCUCGUCCAUUUCCCUGUAAUGAUGGCAGAUGCAUUUAUGAUUUUAGUGUGUGUGAUGGAUAUAAUGACUGUGCUGAUGGCUCUGAUGAAGACCCUAAAGUCUGUGUAACGUCUGACUGUUUCACUUGCGAUUCUGGAGAAUGUAUAAACCCUGGACUGCGCUGCGACGGAGUGGAUGACUGUGAGGAUGGUUCUGAUGAAAGCAGCUGCCAGUUCUUUGAAUGCCCUGAAGACAGCUUUCAUUGCACUUCUGGGGAAUGUUUAGAUACGGACGCGGUGUGCAACGGCCGGGAAGACUGUCGAGACGGAAGUGACGAAGCGUCUUGCACAUCUGCCUCGUGCCCCGCGUCGAAGCCACUUUUUUGUUCGUCAGGAGAAUGCAUUUCUUUCUGGCAAGCGUGUAAUGGAAAUUUCGACUGCAAGGACCGCAGUGAUGAGAGUAGGUGCCCAGACAUCCCAUGUCCUCCUCACAGAGACUUCAGGUGCGCAGCUGGACAAUGUUUAGACUUUUAUUUCGAUCCUCAGUGCGAUGGCAGGGAGUCCUGUGCUGACGGCAGUGACGAAGCGAGCUGUGACUCCUUCCAGUGUCCCGAAGAUCGAUCCUACAAAUGUGAUUCAGGAGAAUGUUUGUACGAUUAUGAUUAUGAAUGUGACGACUACAGAGACUGUAAAGAUGGAAGUGAUGAGAAUAAUUGCGAUAUAACUGGUCCCUGUCCGAAUAGUGACGACUUCCGUUGCAGUUCAGGUGAGUGUUUGUGGAUUGGCUCAAGGUGCAACGGAAGGAUAGACUGUAUUGAUGGAAGUGACGAGACUGAUUGUCAAAGUUUCACGUGUCCAGAGAAUCGGCCUUUUCAAUGUGGAUCAGGGGAAUGUUUGUAUGAAUAUGAUGUUUGUGAUGGACGGAUUGACUGCGAAGAUGGAAGUGAUGAAAUCAACUGCAAGGACCAAAAUUGCUAUAGUGAUAGUGUUAACUGUGGGUCUGGUGAGUGUAUCUACAGGUGGAGCCGAUGUGAUGGAUAUCCAGAUUGUCGAGACGACAGUGAUGAAGCCAAGUGCAAUACAUUUACGUGUCCUGCCAUUCGCCCAUUCCACUGCGACUCAGGGGAGUGCCGACGUCCCUAUCAUCGGUGUGACGGCUUCGUGCAGUGUGCUGACGGAAGUGACGAAGUCAACUGCGGCAACUUCACGUGCCCAGAUAAUCGGCCCUUCAAAUGUGCUUCGGGAAUCUGCAUCACCAUCUACCAAGUGUGCAACGGAUUCGAUGACUGCGGAGACGGAAGUGAUGAAGUCGACUGUCAGGAUUUCAAGUGUCCUCCUAAGACAGCUUUCCAAUGCCCAGAGGGCAAUUGUAUUCCUUUCCGUUUUGUGUGUGAUGGGAACAGGAACUGCCUUGGAGGCGGUGAUGAAGAAGACUGUGAGAACUACGAGGUGCAAUGUCCAAAAAAGUUUAAGUGUGAAGCUGAUAACGAAUGCUUAAGUUUGCAAUGGGUAUGUGAUGGCUUUGGAAGACUGUAG